AUGGGGCUUUUGGAUCUCUUCAUUGCUGCAUCAAUUCCUGUCUUGAAGGUGCUUUUGAUAACAGCACUUGGAUCAUUUCUUGCUCUUAAACAUGUCGAUGUGUUAGGAGAAGAAGCUAGAAAGCAUGUAAAUAAUGUUGUAUUUUAUGUUUUCAAUCCAGCCCUUGUGGCCUCCUACCUUUCUGAAACUAUUACAUAUGACAGUAUGGUGAAGAUGUGGUUCAUGCCGUUCAAUAUUCUCAUCACAUUUGUCAUUGGUUCCAUACUUGGCUGGAUUGUUGUGCAACUCACAAAACCUCCCUCGCACCUGCAUGGCCUCAUCGUGGGUUGCUGUGCUGCAGGGAAUUUGGGGAAUAUGUUUCUUAUCAUGAUCCCAGCAGUUUGUAAGGAAAAAGGAAGCCCAUUUGGAUCUCCUGAUGUCUGCCAGUCAUUUGGAUUGGCUUAUGUUUCACUUUCAAUGGCAAUUGGAGCCGUUUAUCUAUGGUCCUAUGUGUUCAAUAUUGUGAGAGCAUCUUCAGUUCCGAGCAUUAAACAAUCUGAUAAGAUCCAUAGCGGUGAAACUUCCAUAGAAACACCCAAAUCUAAACUGGAGAGUGUCAAGGAACCACUGCUUGCAUCUGAGAAUCGUGCAAAUCAACAUGCACUGCCCAGAAUAACAUCUGCUGGGAAAGAUGAGGUUGUUUCCUGUACCAUGGUGGUUCGUAUAGGAUUGAUGCAGAAGAUAAUGGCGAUAGUCGGAGAUAUUAACUGGAAGUCACUGUUUGCUCCUGCUACAAUUGGAGCGAUUGUUGGAUUUAUAAUUGGAGUCGUCCCACAGCUCCGAAAGUUAAUGGUUGGCAGCGAUGCUCCUCUUCGGGUGCUUCAUGACUGUGCUUCCUUGUUGGGGUAUUUUACUGGCUAA